AUGAUAACUUUUACUAGAGCAGUUCACCUCUUACCGAUCUUUUUUCCUAUCCUGAUCGUCGUCACAAUUCUUACCCCAUAUAUCAUAGCGGUAUCGUUGGACCAUGUCUAUCCGUUUUUGCCGUGCAUAAGUAAAACGGCAGGAUUUGAGCCAGAGGGAUCAAUUUUUGGUUUUCUGAUGUUUUUAGUGGCGUUGAUCGGACUGCUGACGAUCUUUGCUCGAUAUCUUCAACUCAAGGGAUUCAGUCAACAAGCCGGUUUUGAGGCGAAUGUUUUGCACAAGGUGAAAUGGUUCAACACAAUUUCUCUGCUAUCUGGUGUUUCAUGUAUCCUUGGCGUUGUUUUGGUGGCAAAUUUUCGUUCUUCUGUACCACAAGUGAGUACCACGGCUUUCAGAUAAUCUAAUGUCUUGCUGGUGUAUGUACUGCCCGUUGAAGAAUAAUUGACAGAGCAGAAAAAAUUCACGGACAUAUGCCAAUAUGGAUAGUUUCAGUCUUGUUGUCUGAGCGUUUAUAGGAUAUUUGAUAUACAGUAAAAACCCACGUAUAAGAAACUAGAUUUUUCCAACUUUAUAGCCUACUACAGGGCAUAUGUGAUAUGGAAUAUGUUGCUGUAUUAAAUAUUAUCUAGCAUACAGUUUAGAUGAUAACCAUGCAGUAAUUUUAUCUUUCCAAAGUACUACCAUGCAUUUCUUUCACGCUGCAGUGUCCAUAAAAUUCUGUGUUACAUUUUGAGUCUUACUGAGUGAAACCUAGACUUAACUUUCUUUCUUCCGCGUGUAUUUUCAUCUCUGCCUUCAUUUUUGUGUAAUAAGAACCUACUGAAAAUCUUAGGCUAAAUAGGUUCUUAUGAAAAGGGGGUUUAAAAUAAAAAUUUUUGCCUAACCGGCUUUUAAAUUUUAGGGUCUUAUAUGUGGGUUUUUAUACUGUAUAGCAUAUCUUCAGCAUUCAAUCGAUCUUUUUACUCCAAUUUGCAUGAAAUGGCCAGAUUUUGUUGUUUUAUGCCGUAAAAAGUACAUUUUUCCAAACAAAGAAAAAAAACUUGGCAAUUUGCUUAACCCAUUCGCCCUCAGGGAAUUUUUGCCGAGAAACGUGUUUGGAAGCUAGUCGAGCGGUUUCCAGGCUGGUCACUACCUAGCUAUGAAAAACUAAAACUUACCACAAAGCCGUUUACGGGUCGGACACGUCGCAGCCUUCUGACCCAAUGGUGGUUCGGGGGCGAAUAGGUUAAGAUAAAAAAAGAAAUAAGGAAACAAUAAAAAGGAAAUAACGAAGUGAAAUCGCAAGUUUUUUUUCGCACAAGAUCUAUUUACGGUAUCUCCAUAUUACUGGGCAACAAUUUUGUUUACACAUACAUGUACAUGUCCCCUCUGGCUUAGAGUUUUUUCCUGCUCAAUUUUUUUUUUGGCUGUCCCUGGAACAAAAAUAUCAACUGGAUUAAAUGUCUGCUCAGCACAAAUUUUUGUGAUACUCAAUUUGGAAUUUAGGGACCGGUCAUAAUUUGUCCCCCCGGGGGAGGGGGGGGGGGGGGAGGAGUUUGAGGGGAAUCACACGGUUUUCAAAAGAACAAGGGGGAGGGGUCAGCCCUAAUUGACAGGCACUAGCGCCUGGAGAGAAUUAAUUGUUUUUAACCUUUCUCCCUGGAGGGACUGAUCUUGGACAAUACUCCAAAGAACCGAAAAUGUUUGGAAAUAAGAGAGGAGAAUUUGUUAUUUCGUUGCUGAAAUAUCUAGAAUGAACUGAGUGAACUGAUGUUACUAACUACUUAAAAAAUGGGUUAUCGCUGUCACAAGUCUUUCCUCCUUUUCGGUCGAUUGUCGAUCGGUGCUCGACUGAGCCGGGGAACUUUACCAUCUGAACGGCCUGUAACAAGCUAACUCGGUAAUAAUGAGGUGUCCGCAUUAAGCAGGGUUUGACUUAUUUGUUACCUUAUCAACUUUUUCUCUUUAGCCAGUCAAAGCCAUAGACAGAGUUCAUAACGCUGGGACUUUAAUGCUUUUUCUUGGCGGAGGUGUAUAUUUCUGGUUUCAAACCCUCAUCAGUUAUCACGGUAUUGCAGUUAAGCUCAAUAGCAAAAGCAUGUUCCUCUUCCGGUUAGCUGUAUCCUGUAUUGUGACCAUCACUGGCGUGGUAUACCCGUUCCUCAAAGAUUUUGCCUACACAAAGUAUAGUGGUAGAGUGCAAUUAAAUUCAGUCACAGCGGCCCACUGGAGUCCAAAUGAAGGUGGGUGGGAGGUACAGGUGGCCAGUAAUGCUGGAGAAUGGAUUGAUUGCCUGUCUUUGGCGAUCUACGCUGCGUCAUUUUACAAAGAGUUUCAGACGUUCUCUCUUGACGUCUCGUAUGUUGAAAACGCUGAAUUGGAGAAAGGAUGGAAUGGAAAGUACUCAAAAAUAAGACAAAGCAAAGAAGAAGAAGUUUGGGACGAAUAA